UGGGGCUGUCGAAAGGGGGGUUGUGUAUGGUAUCAGGUCUGAUGCUCAUGACGUGCGGUGGCCAGCCCCGUUCGCCAGACUUGCUCAACAUCCUAGUACGCAAUCAUAGGACUAGCGAGCGUAGCCUUUACGUGUAUAACGGCUAUAUGAUCUAUGUCACUCGCAGUCACAAAACAAAGCGCUCAACCAAUAGGGAAUUCGUUGUCGCUCGGUUCUUCCCUUCCCAAGUCGGUCACUUAAACCAGCCACGAAUAAUAGUCGGAUCUUCGCAUUUAGCUCUCUAAAAGUCGUAUUUCCGAAAUUAACGCGUC